UGGCGCCCGGCGUCUCAGCGGCCCCUUGCAGUGGAAGCUACCUGGCUCCGUGUCACCGUGGCAACUCGCACGGCAGUUUCCGGAGGCGUUGGCCGAGAUUUGUUGAUCUACAGAAUGCUUCAAUACCCAUAUUUUUGUAGACUCUAUAAAAAAUUUCUUUCUUGCUGGUUGGAAUCUGGCAUAUUUAAUUUGGGUGUCUGGCCAAAAAAAAUACAUGCUACAGCAGAAAGAUAUAAUGAAUAUGAAGCCCAGGAGCAAACAGAUCAAACUGGAGCUCAGGAGUUACAAGACAGAGAUUCUGAAGUGAUGACUAAAUUACAUAUUCCAGUGAUGGUGGAUGAAGUUGUUCGUUGUUUGGCACCACAAAAAAGGCAGUUUUUUCUAGAUAUGACAUUUGGUUCAGGAGGACACACAAGAGCCAUUCUACAGAAGGAGUCAGAUAUUACUCUGUAUGCCUUAGACAGAGACCCAACAGCUUAUGCAAUAGCUGAACAGCUUUCAGAAUUGUACCCUAAACAGAUCCGAGCCAUCCUGGGCCAAUUCAGCCAGGCAGAAGCCUUACUAAUGAAAGCUGGAGUUCAACCAGGGAGUUUAGAUGGAGUUCUUUUGGAUAUUGGGUGUUCCUCCAUGCAACUUGAUGCCCCUGAAAGAGGUUUUUCCCUUCGGAAGGAUGGCCCCUUGGACAUGAGAAUGGAUGGUUGCAGGUACCCUGACAUGCCCACCGCAGCUGAUGUUGUGAACGCUUUAGAUCAACAGGCACUUGCAUCCAUCCUGAGAACAUACGGGGAGGAGAAGCACGCCAAGAAAAUCGCUUCAGCAAUUGUUCAGGCACGCAGCAUCUACCCCAUCACCAGAACCCAGCAGCUUGCCAGCAUCGUUGCAGGUGCAUUUCCUCCCUCUGCUACUUAUGCACGAAAAGACUUGCUACAACGAUCUACCCAUAUCGCUACCAAGACUUUCCAAGCUUUUCGCAUAUUUGUGAACAAUGAGCUCAAUGAACUUUACACAGGACUGAAGACAGCUCAGAAGUUUCUGAGACCUGGUGGUCGCCUUGUUGCCCUCUCCUUCCAUUCACUGGAGGAUCGCAUCAUCAAACGAUUCCUGCUUGGGAUAAGCAUGACACAAAGGUUUAACCUAAGUGCUAGACAGAAGGUGAUACAAAAAUCACAGUUGGGUUCAGAUCAUGAAAACACGGAAGGAGUCUCUAUAGGAAGGGCCCCUUUAAUGUGGAAAGUGAUGCAUAAGAAGGUACUUACUCCGGAUGAUCAAGAUGUACAAAAUAACCCCAGAGGACGCUCAGCCAAGCUUAGAGCAGCUAUCAAGUUAUGAGAAAGUUAUCAUCAUCUGAUUCUUCAAGUUCUUCCUCACAGUUUCUCGUGUAAUAUUCCUGAACAGCCUAAUAUAAGAAAGUGUGGGUUAGAGAGAUAUACUAUAUAUGUGUGGAAAUAGGGGGUGUUUAGCAUUUUUUUCUCAAAAAGAAAA